CGGGCUCGGACUCCCCGCCGUUUGGUGCUCCCCGUCCUCCUCGCACUUGUUCUAUCCUUCUGACUUUCAGCAGUAUUUCAAACGACGGGGUUCUGGGUCGAGUGGCACGAGUCCACUCUCUUAUCUCUGAUUUUGAGCUGGGCUGCUGUUUUUGUGAGGUUUACGUUGAGCUGGGCUGGGGAUCUAGUUUGUAGCCGGCCGCUGCUGAGGCUGAAGGAGGGAGGGAGUGGCCGCAUGUUUGUAUUUCAUGCGCUCGUAUUUCCCCGUGCCCGUGUCCACGACAGUACUCUCUCUCAUUGAAUCCUCUCGCUGUCAGCUUCCUCCUGUUUGCGUGCUUGCUGCUGCUUCUCAACUGCCUCUUUCUCUGCUGCUGCUGCUGCUGCUGCCGUCGUCCAUCGGCCACGCUUCGGCCGUACCGAGUCGUCAAACGCACGGAGGGAGAGCGAGUUCGAUCGUAAUGAGAUGAGCUGCUGCUGGUGCAUUUGGCGUCGAUAUUAGAGGAGUAAAUACGUGAACGUGGGUUGAUCACGAACGAAGUGGGUGAGUAGUGUAUUCCUCAUUCUCUGCAGUCAAGUGCCGCUCGGUCGAGGCGGAAGGAUGUGGGGAUUAGAACGUCAAAGGCGGCUCGAGUGAAUUCGGAGAACAUCCAGCACAGGAAGGAAGGCAGCAUGAAGCAUGGAGCCGAGAGGGAUGGGCGUCUCGUGGUGAGAUAGACGCCGAGAAACGAAGCAUUCAAACGAAAUCUCGUUCGCGCUCGCAACGAAGGACAUGAGUUCAAAUAUGAACCGGGUAGUGAAGGAGUCAAUAGAGACGUUUGAAUGGGACCCACCUGUGGACUGGCGGCUGUCGCUUCUGCUGAAGCAAGGAAUAUUGCAAGGGGAACAAGCAACAGCGUAAGCGGAUUCGUGCAGCAGCCACGAGCGUAGCUGUGGGCUCGUCACGUAUGCAGGAGAUCUCGAAGAUUUCGAGUUUGACAUCGAUGCCGAGACUGAGACUGAGACAGAGCGAGCUGAGUUGCAGCAGCUCUGCUGCUCGUCGUUGUGGAAGUUGAAAGGUCGGAAGGUGAGAGAGAGAGAGAGAGAGAGAGAGGAGGAUAGAGGCAAGGGGGGAAGAAAGGGUGCAAGGAUGGGGGAUUCAUGGAUCGAUCCCAUCCACUACGUUAGAGGUUACAAUGCGCAGGAAGGAACUCUGAUGGAUCUAGGAAGACAGCUCAUGCAGAGGGGCACAGGUGAAUCAGUGUGGAGCGCCGGUGGAUUGGGAAAUUGGCAGAGCUCAAGGCCUAAUCGCAUGGCGGGAGAGCACAAUUUUGGAGCUGAAGAUACUGUGAUGCGCAGCUUUGAAACAGGGCCUUUGUUCGGUGUGACAUCAACUCCGCUCUCUGAUAUGACCAAUCCCAGACAAUAUCAGACGGGAGGCUUGAAGCAGCAGCAACAACAGCAGCAGCUGCUGUUGAGAGAAACACUGAAUUGCCACACUGGAGUUCACAAUGUGGAGAACGCCAAACCCAGAGUGGUGGGAAGCAGUGUUCUUGACGGCUGCGUGCCUUCCCGAGACCCGAAUUAUGGAAUGGAAUUUUCUCUGACCACCUGUGAAGCCGACAUGAAAUUUCAGCUGGAACGGGAGCUCGAAUUCCACCGCCGAGAAGCUGAAAGAAGAGUAUGGAGGAACAACUUCGAGGCGAUUCCGCAGGUGAGAAUGAGCUCUGGUCCCAACAGUGUGAUCUCUUCUGAGCAAAAUCUGAGCAACUCGUAUGUCUCCAGAGGUUUGAGUACCGCCCUCGACCGCAGUCUCCCAAGCCAGCUCAAGAUGGGGAAUGAUUACACUUCCAGAAUCUCUGCUGCGGUCGGAGGAAAUUCCGGCAUCGCCUCUGAGCAGCAGCAAAAUAGCAAAUACUCCUCGAGGCACAGCGCAACAUUGGGCAUCCAUGGAGAUAUUGCGGUGCAGGCGCAUGCAGGCAUGGUGCAUGCUCCCAGAGUGCCUGACAGAGCUGCUCCGAACAAUGCCUACGUCCCCGGAGGGCCUGUGGGAGUCGGCCAGCAGAAUUGCAGUAUCUCAGCCCAGCUCAAUUCAAAUUCGGCCUUGGGGUACAGCGACAGGAUCAUGGAGACUUCAUCCUCGACCGGGUAUGGCUCUCAAUCCUGCGAGAUGGCGGCCGACAUCACAAGCGUCGUGCCCUCGCUCACCUACGAAUUGCCGGACUUCCACUCAGCCGCGUUCGGCUACAGCACGCCAGUGUACGAGGAAAGAGUGGCCACCAACGAUAGCACGAGCGAGCCUAUGGAUUGUCUCAUGGGAGACUUUCAGGCGGACGUAGUACCGGAUGCAAUGUCGCCCGCCAUCGCUCCCAUGUUCAAGCGCACGAAUUGGGACAUAGUGAAUGAUGGCUUUGAUCUACUAUCUCAUGGUACGUGCCCUGAGGCGUCCGGUGGCUUCCCAUGGCAAUCAGAUGUGCUGGUGGGUGAUAUGUGUCACACCGGGCACUCCGCCAUCAACUCGACGUCCAGCUUUUUGUUGCCCACCACUCCGAAACUGUCCUCUUCCUUAGAGCUGUCACCAGCUAGUGCUCUGGAUGAGCAAACCAUGCAAGAAUUCUCAUUAGUAACGAAAGUACUUUCCUUUCCAUCCAACCGGCCCUCGAGUACAGGCAUAUCUCGUGACCAUGAGCGCAAGGGGGUUGUGGGGGCUGAGACUAUUUCAGCCCAGGGGCAGGGUGGCCGAGAUUCAGCAGAAAAGGUCGAGAGAAUCAAGGAAGAAAGCAGCGAGAGGAAAGCAGUAGUGAUCAAGGAAGAAGUGAGCGAGCCCGCCCCGAUCAGCAAAGGGGAGAGAGGGAGUGUGGAGAAAAUGGAUAGUUCCAUGACUAUGAUGACCAGGAUUAUGAGGUUUGCUGAAACAAUCGACUCCAAGGAUGAUAAAGUGGCUUUGCACCAGCGCUCUUCAGCUCUGAAGUCAGCUCAAGAGUUCUGCUCAGUGGAUGGUGACUACACGCAAAGAGUUGCACAUUACUUCUGCGAAGCUCUGUCGAGGCGAGUGGAGUCCAGAGAGAAUGGAAAUGCUGCUGCCGUCCAAGAAGAGCCUUACCAACUUCCACACGACUUGCUGGAGGAUUGCAAGUUCACAGAAGCUUGCCCAUACACUAAGUUUGUUCAUCUCACCGCCAACCAAGCCUUUCUGGAAGCUGUCGAAGGAGCAGAGAGUGUUCACAUUAUAGACUUCGGCACAAUGCAGGGUGUGCAGUGGUCUGCGCUCAUCCAAGCUUUGGUCAGUCCAGCAGGUCCUAAUGCGGCUGCACCGCCCAAGAAGAUUCGCAUUACUGGAGUCGCCUCGACUAAGCUGGGACCAAAUGCGUCUGAAUAUCUCCUGAGAACCGGUCGACGCUUGACUGAGUUUGCCGAGUCUAUGGGAUUGCAAAUCGAGUUCUUGCCCAUUUUGGAAGAAGUGCAGAAUUUGGAUCACACGUCUUUCCAGAUACGUGAAGGUGAGGUCGUAGCUGUCAACCUCAUGUUGCAGUUGCAUCAACAUUCUGGAGAAGAAGGAGGAAAACGACUUCCUAAGAUUCUGAAGCUUGUUCAGAGCCUCAAGCCGAAGGUGGUUGUUUUGGUGGAAUAUGAAGCUGCAGUGAACACUGAGACAUCGGAUCCUCAAACUCGGCUUCUCGAUGCGAUGAAGCAUUACUGUGCUGUUUUCCAAACACUUGAAGAAGCUAUGCCUCAAAACUGUUUGGAAAGGACCAGGAUUGAGAGAGAUAUUCUCGGAAGGGAGAUCAGAAAGAUGUUCACUUCUACAAGCGACAAGAAUUCAAUGAAGCAUGCGAGUUUUGCCCAGUGGAAGGACCUCUUUACAGGCUUAGGAUUUCAAGCUGUGAAACCCAGCCACUACUCUUUCAGUCAAGCUCGAUUGCUCUUAUGGAUGUACGAAGGUCCCUAUCAGAUACUUAACAAUCCUCAGAGUAUCAGCUUAAGUUGGCAUGAUCGUGUUCUGAUCACUGUCUCUGCAUGGCACUGCCUCUGAAACCAAAUGCGCUCCGUUGUAAAUUUUGUGAUUCUGUCUUGGCUUGUGACAACCUUCAAACCACCACUCCGUAUGUCUGGUUGGUAUCAUUGCUCACCCGGUCACUGCCUUUCAUCAUCGAGGUUAUUAUCGAGGUGCCAAAAAAUGUAGGCAGGAACAAAACCCCUCCUAGCGGGCAACAUUAUUUCCUGUACCGUGCCACAAAACUCAAGUUUUGUCACAAAUGUUUGUACAGCGAACUUCAUCUACAAGUUCUUAGACGUCAAAGUAGACAAUAGGCACACCACACUAGAGUCUGCAUGUCUUCUUCUAGAAGGACAUUCCAGGUUCUGGAGUCGAACACAGAGUAGAGAGUAGAUUAGAAAAGGUUAGUGUAGGUUGUAGGAUUGGUUAGUAUCUAGAAUAGGAACCCGUGUGUAUAUGUUGAUUGAUCCUACGUACUCAAAGUCAGGAAUCGACGUUGGAUAUUUGAGUCGUUGGCUUACAACACCUCUGUUCGUUGUGGGGCUUGUCUUCCAGGUCUGGGUUUCAGCUGUUGCUGGUGCAUGAUCCCAAACAUG